AUGAAAGAAGGCGUUGUAGAAAACCCAGAUUCAAUUUUGGUUGAGAAGCCGGCCUUCUAUUCUCACGUUUUGGAUCUGAAUGGGUUUCUUUCACCGGACCAUGACAACUCGGCCUUGCUGAUUCUAAACCAAAAAAUAAAUAUCGGGGAAGUGUUUUCAAAGCUUUGGGGUAAUUAUAAUGUACACAUCUGCGCAGAUGGUGGUGCCAAUCGACUUUAUGAGUAUUUCGCGGACGAUGCGAAGCGUGCGAAAUUUGUGCCAGAUUAUAUUGUUGGGGACCUGGACUCGGUCCGGCACGAAGUGCUGACUUUUUAUCUAGAAAACGGAGUCUCCGUCAUUGGCCAAUCAAGUCAGUAUUCGACUGAUUUCACGAAAAGCUUGCGACUUAUAUCGUUGCACUUUUACCACUCCGAAUUUUUAAAAAUGCUAAAGACUGGGAAUUUCGAUCAAAACUACGGUAUUGACGAUUGCGACGGGCUCGAACAAUUGUACAAAGCCGAGCGCUCAAGCUGGGUCACACGCGACAUCGACUUGCUUGUUCUGAAUGCCAUUGAUGGCAGAUUCGACCAAACAGUGCAUUCGAUAACUCAGCUGUAUACAACUUCAAGAACGGACGUAUACUACCGAUUAUGCUACCUCACAUCUACUGACCUCAUUAUGCUAAUACCCACGGGCGGCGCACUGAUCACAUACGACAAAGCGUUUAAAACCCACUGCAUUAGAAAUUGCGGUCUGUUACCUUUGGGAGGACCCACGGUGAUCAACUCAACCCGGGGCUUGAAAUGGGAUGUUACAGACUGGCACACGAGUAUAAUGGAAGGUAAAGUUAGCAGCAGCAACCGCUUUGUUGGCGAGGAUUGCUGCUUUUUUGAUGUCAAGGAUCCGCUUGUUUUGAGUAUUGAAUUAACACUUGAUAGACUGUCCGACUUUAUAUGA